AUGGCUUUCCGGUUUUCUCUUUGAUUUCUGAGCAUCUUUUUCAAAUCCCCUCAAGGCAUCCUGGCCUGUGGCAAGUCUGGAUGUGAAAUCUCAGUGUUUUGGAGGGAAGACGCUCGUCUGCCAUGGCAACGAACAGUCACCAGCUGCAUACCCAUUCCCCCCAGGAAACCUUAAACUCUGUCUGCCACGGUACUCUGAGUGUAAACUACCACCCUCUCUCCAAGAGCUCUUCACAUCUGGCUGCCAUUGGGCGAGUGGGCUCUGAGGAAAGACAGAGCAGCAAACAGGAGCUCCGGAAAAGCUUCAGCAGUUCCACCUGCCAGGUGAGGGAGGCCGAUGUUGGAAGCACACCUAGUUCAGAAUGGUCUUCGACACACUCGGAAAUGGCAUCCACCAUCAGAACUGUGAGCAGCUUGUCUCCAAGUGACAGCAUGCAGAGUACUACCAAAAGCACUAGCCAUUUCCUAUGUGUUGACCAGUCCUCAGCCUCUGCAGAAGGGAUGGGUCCCAGAACGCAUGCCAAGAGCAGCACAGCUGAGAAUGUGUCUUCAGCCUUUGGUGUGAAUCUGCAAGAUGUGAGCACAAUGGAAGGACUGGGAGCGGCAGUGCAGAGAAGCCUUUCUGACCUGACAUGUAGCUGCAAGCCACAGAGUGCCACGUCCCACAUGGAGACAAGUGCCACAUACUCUGUGAUGAGUUCCAACAGCAGCCACGGUGCUUCCGCAGGCAAUGCAGCUUUUCCGAGACCGAGGUAUGGAUCAGACUCAUAUGAAAGUGCCCCGAACCUUCAAAGUCGGGUCCCAAGUUUGCCUGGAGACCAAAAUGUGCCCACUAGCGUCUUUGACAAUGUUGCUGUAUCGCACAACGUUUCUGUUUUUACAGAUCCUGGAGCAUAUCACACAGCUGUCAUCGGAUCACAUGCACCUGGCAACAAUUUCUCAAACCGGGCAAUGUAUGCUCAGGGUGGGAUUGUAUAUAGUAACUUCCCACCCAGCAUGUACCCACCUGGUAUGAUGGCCAUUCAUAACAACACUGCCGUCCCCUAUAACAUAAGGCAGGAGGGCACCAUGCCAGCCUAUUGUCAUUCCUUGCCAAUACCUUCUGUUCAGUUCAUCCCACGCUUGGUUUGUUCAGUUAGUGAAUCAGGGAAAGAACAAGUAAACCCUGAGUAUUGUCCGUCUUUGCCUGCUGCUGAAACUGCCACCCUCCCAAAGUUGGUGUCAUCUGUGAGCGAAUCAGGUCUGGAUGCAAAACGCAUACUGAGAUGCUGUAAUGUACGUGGGGAACACAUGAUGCAUCCUCAGCCUUAUGUACAACCAAACAGGGCCCAAGAGGAAAGGAAGAUGACAUAUGUGGUGUUGAAUAGCCACCAAGAUGGUGUUCAUACUGUCAUGAAGACUAAGGACACAUGGACGAUGACCUCCAUGAAUGACCUCACCUGGGGACUGCAGCCUCCACUUGAGUGCAAAGAUGCAGAGGUACAAACCCUCCCAACAAAGGAAUGUAAGUCUGUGGCAACAAGCCCCUCUGUUGUGGCAGAAGGCCACCCUCAUGUCUUCCCAGAGGUUAGUCUGGAACCAGAGGCAGAGGGUGAAAAGUCUCCAGUGCGGGAAGUGAGAUGGGAUGAUGAAGGCAUGACAUGGGAAGUCUAUGGGGCAGCUGUCGAUCCUGAAGUUCUUGGGUUGGCCAUUCAGAAACAUCUGGAGAUUCAGAUAGAACAGUUCCAAACGGAACCUGAGGAUCUCUCUGGAAAAAGUACCGAGGAAUUACCAGCUAAAGAGGAAAAGAAAACGUCUUUCAGGACAAUGAUGCAUUGUCUAAGAAAUCCUAGCUGUUGUGCCCGUUCCAGCACAGCAGUGGAAUAACUAUCCUAGGAGACCACACAACCCAUUUCAAAAACAAAACAGUUGCAAAUAAACAUUGUGACUUUAAAGCUGAUACGAAUAAGGAGUCCCUCUGGAAAUGGAAACUGUGACCUGGUCUAAAGUAGAACUCUACAAAGUAGAGGCUCCAGGGAGGGUUUUUUUUUAGUUCAUAUCCCUGAUUGCUGAUCUACACGUUACUCAAAAUGCAGUGGUAGAAUUCUGGACUGUUUCAGUUCAGAUUGCAGAUGGAAUGGGUUUCUUAUUUUUGACUGAUCCUCCACAUACAAAUCUCCCUGUGUGUAAUAAACUGGUACAUGAGGGGCAGCGGUG